AGCUUAUAACAUGCAAUCUUGGUGAAGAAGAGGAAAAACAAAGCAAAGCAUGGCAAGGGAAGAGGUGACACUGCUUGGGAUGUGGGCAAGUCCUCUGGCUCUGAGAAUUGAAUGGGCCUUGAAAUGCAAAGGAAUUUGCUAUAAAUGCAUAGACGAAGAUCUCUUAAACAAGAGCCAACGCCUUCUCACUCACAAUCCGAUCCACAAGAAAAUCCCAGUGCUUUUGCAUGGAGGAAAAUCCAUCCCUGAAUCACUCGUCAUUCUUGAAUACAUUGAUGAGACAUGGAAACAGAAUCCCUUGUUGCCAGAAGAUCCAUACGAAAGAGCCAUGGCACCGUUUUGGGCUAAAUUUGUGGACGAAAAGUGUUGGACUACAAUACCUGGAGUCUUCGGAAACGAGGGGGGGGAUGAGCAAGAAAAGUCGAAGGAAAAAGCAAUAGAAGAACUCAGAAUUCUGGAAAAACAACUUGAAGGGAAAAAGUUUUUUGGGGGAGAGAGUCAGUUGGGUUUUUGGAUAUCGUAUGUGGUUGGAUUCCAUACUGGUUACCCUUUAUCGAAGACAUUACUGGUUUAAAGUUGGUUGAUGAAACAUCUUUCCCUGCUUUGAGCGCAUGGUUCAAGGCCUAUCUUAGCGUUCCGUGGGUGAAAGAGCUCUUACCACCUCCAGACAAAUUACGUGCUCAUCUUAUAACUUUUCGCCAGAAACUCCUAUCCUCACGGCUCUUGAAUAUCUGAAAUAUUCUAAACCCGUCUUAUGGAUUCUGAUUCACCACCUAUGUAAUAAUUAGAGGGUUACUACUCUCUAUUCAGUCUAGAUAAGCCAUAUGUAUGUUGUGAUUCUGAUUCACCACCUAUGUAAUAAUUAGAGGGUUUACUCUCUAUUCAGUCUAGAUAAUGCAACCCUGCUCCUUCUGUUUAUUCUCAAA